UUUGUCAUCCAAAUUUUCCUACUCAUUAAUAGCUACAAAUGUGGAAAUCCCAACAUUUAUUUCCUUGCUAGUGCUUUCUUUUAAAAGCGAAAGAAAAAGAUACAAAUUUAUUCUGAAUAUUUAUGCGCCAAGUUGACAACACCUUAAUGUAAGUUUAGAAAAUGCUACCAAAAGCAUGUUUUUUACUGGUGCUGCUCUUCAUUGGGAAUGCAGAUAACAAAGAAGCAGAGAAAGUUGACACUAUUACGCAAUUUGAUGAUUCAAAUCACAACGGGAUUGAAAGACAUCGGUAUAAAAGGGGUCUUUUUGGAGCUGAGGAUCAAUACUUCCGGCAAUAUUUCCAAGAUAAAGGGCUUCUCCAAAACUACAUUAAUGCCAGAACACCAGAUGGUAGAAUAACAAACUGGGCUUCGCUGGGUGAUGGAUCAACUUCAUACACUGACGCAAUUCGAAAGUCUACUAAUUAUUAUAGAGUCCAAGCAGAAAGUGGUCAAAAUGUGGAUGGUCAGUUAAGACGGGUUCAGCAGAUUGUAGAUGAUCGGGUCGCCCGGGCUAGCCGUCACGGAGGCCCAGAUAGAGGACACAACCACGCAAUCAACAACUGGCGAAAUGGACAGGAACGAAUUCAAGGAGGCCAGCGGACCUACUGGGCCAGGUGUGGUGGAUCUAAUGGGCGCAAAAAGAGAGGAAUCGGUGCAUUAUUUCGGGGAAUUGCACGCCUUUUCGGUCGACGAGGUUUGAGACGUACACGUACUGGAUUUAGACGUACAAGCACUGUCAGAAGAAUGAGAUGUUGAUUAAGACAAGAAUUAGAUUUCGGGUCUUACAACAUUGCUAGAAGCUUAUGAAUCAACAUAUAAAAUA